AUGGCGGAGGGCGGCAAGAUGGCGGCGGGCAGCGGCAAGAUGGCGGCGGAGGCUCGCGUGGGGCAGGUGGUGCUGCCGGGCGACGUGCUGCUGCUGCCCGCUCGCCCCGACCACGACGCCGAGCAGCUGCCGCUGGACUCCGGGGCGGCCCCGCGGGGCCGGCUGCUAUGCGGGCCCGGCCUGCGGCGCUGCGCGGCCGGGCUGCUGGUGACCAAGUGCGGGCUCCUGCGGCACCGCCAGCCGGGCGGCGGCGGCGGGGCGACGGCAGGAGGCGCCUACUGGGUGGACUCGCAGCAGAAGCGGUACGUGCCGGUGAAGGGCGACCAGGUAAUCGGCAUCGUGACCGCCAGGGCGGGGGACGUCUUCAGGCUGGACGUCGGCGGGAGCGAGCAGGCCUCGCUGUCCUACCUGGCCUUCGAGGGAGCGACCAAAAGGAACCGGCCCAACGUGCAGGUGGGAGACCUUAUUUAUGGUCAAUUCCUUGUAGCAAAUAAAGACAUGGAACCAGAGAUGGUCUGUAUAGACAGUAGUGGAAGAGCAAGUGGCAUGGGAGUAAUUGGAGAAGAUGGAUUCCUCUUUAAAGUUUCCUUAGGUCUGAUAAGAAAGCUCUUGGCUCCCAAAUGUGAAAUAAUUCAGGAGUUGUCACAGUUGUACCCAUUUGAGCUGGUGCUGGGAAUGAAUGGAAGAAUAUGGGUAAAAGCAAAAACAGUUCAACAGACUUUAAUUAUAGUAAAUAUUUUAGAAGCCUGUGAGUAUAUGACUUCAGAGCAGAGAAAACAAGCGCUUGCCAAACUAUCAGGAAAUUAAGUAGACGACAACUUGAGGAUUUGAGAUAACUACAGGGUGUUUUGGUUAUUUUUGUAUACAAAAUAUUUAUAUUAAAAGUGAUAUUCCAAAUAAA